GUGCCAUUGCCUUCUACCCAUGGACACAGGCCUUUCCCUCUGACUCUGGCCAAACUGGAUGACCAGGGCCUCCCAAAGGGACACCUGAAUGUGCCUGAGGCAGCUGCCUUCUGUGAUGCCACCACUAUCACUGAGCUUUGUAAUGAUGUGCCAGAGGUGGAGAUCAUCACCCUCCUUGAGGAGCAGCUGCCCCAUUACAAGCUCCGGGCUGAUUCCGUCUUCGGCUAUGAACAUCAUGAUUGGAUUCAGACUCCAAUGGUACCCUCUGAUGUCCCUGGACACCUGACACCCACCCAGAUCCAGGAAACACUGCAAUAUUUCUUGCUCUGCUCCGAGAGAGUCAGCCAAGUCACCAAGACCUAUCAUGACAUAGAGGCUGUGACCAGCCUUCUGGAAGAGAAAGAACGGGACUUGGAACUGGCAGCCCGGAUUGGCCAGUCUUUGCUGAAACAGAAUUGCUCCUUGUCCAAGCAGAACGAGUUACUGGAGGACCAGCUGGAGUUAGCCAGGGAGGAGAUUGCCCAGCUUCGGCACGAGGUUGCUAUGCGUGACAAUCUCCUCCACCUCUAUACAGACACUGUUGAAGAAAGCGAGCCGUCCAGUGCGGCGCCCACGCCACUUCGCCAUUGUGAUUCCUCAGUUUCUCUGCAGCACUGUAUCCAGUUGGACACCCUGCAGCAAAAGCUGAGGGGCCUGGAGGAAGAGAACCAGCAGCUCAGGCUGGAGGCUACCAGCAUCGUCACGGAGACAUGUCAAUAUGAGGACCAGGAGCAGCAGCUGAUGCUGGAUUGUGUGGAGCAGUUCUCGGAGGUGAGCCAGCAGGUAGCUCUGUUGUCAGAGGAACUGGCCCGAAAGACCGAGGACCAGGCGCGUCAGCAGGAGGAGAUCAGUGCGCUCCUGGCCCAGAUUGUGGGGCUCCAGCAGCGGUGCCGGGCGUAUGGGACAGAGAUGGAAGAGCUUCAGCAGCACCUGGCAUCAGCCAGAGAGGUCCAGAGGAAACUUCGGACAGAGGUGCAAGACCUACAAGAGAAAUAUGCCGAGUGUGAUGGGUUGCUGAACGAAGCCCAGGAAGAACUUAAAAAACUCCGUCUCCAAAGCCUGCCUAGUGGCACGAUCAGCCACUACAACAGUGUCUAUAGCCUGCCACUGGAUUCCCUGGCUGCAGAGAUUAAAGGGACAAUGAGAAAGGGAACCGAGACUCCUUCAUCCUCGGAUUACAGGAACGUGCGCCGAGUGUUUGAGAUGGUGAAGGCUGUGAAUCAGGGCAGCAGGUCAGGCAGUGGCUCUCUCCAUCCCCUCCCCGGGUCUCCCCCAUCCUCUGUGGCUGGCAGCCCCUCUGGCACCCCCCGUCCAAAACACCACUGCUCGGACGCUCCCUGUGGUGUUCUGCCGUUGGAGGAGGCCCCUGGAGAGGAAGAGAAGAAGGUGGGUCGCCCAGGUACCCCCGGGCGCCAGGACCUGGAACUGGCCCUGCAGCGGCUCACAGCCUGGAAGGAGGCUCAGGAGGCAGAGCCAACCCUGGAGAAGCUGGGUCGGGAUGCUGAGAGUUCUAGUGGAGUCCUGACUCCCAGUGAGAGCCUUCUGUCAGGCAGCUCCGAUCCCCUUGGGGGCUCUAUUUUCUCCAUGGGCUCCCUCUCCUACCUGCCGGACAAACUACAGAUUGUCAAGCCACUGGAAGGUUCAGUGACUCUUCACCACUGGCAGCAGCUGGCCCAGCCCCACCUGGCAGGGAUCCUGGAUCCUCGGCCUGGUGUGCUGACCAAGGACUUCCGUCAGUUAGAGGUGGAUAUAGAGAAGGUGUACAGCUUACAGGACCCUGAAGAAGAUGAGGAGGAGGAGAAGGAGAUGGUGACGAUGACAGCAGCAUCCAGGGCUCCUCUGGCCAAGGAUAAGGCCUAUCCUCUAUUGUUGCAUUCUGUUAACAAUCUCCCCCAGACCCCAGCCACCUACACAAUCACUACCUGCCGCCUGGUCUGCCCCUCUUCUGAUGUCACCUCCGUCACCCCCAGCCUUUGCCAUUCCACCGCCCCCUGCUGCAGUCCCGCAGAGGGCAUAAGCCCCAUCCAUCCACGCCCUCCCCAGGCCCUGAUGUCUCUUCUGAAGGAACAGGGAAUCUCUGCUGUCUCCAAGCCUACAUUGUUUCUGCCCCUAGCCCCAGGCUGGAGAGGCUGGCCUCUGGGAAGCUUUGGCCUAGCCAGGGAACUGCAUCGGGAUGUGCCAGGGGCAGGUGGAGGGAAGACCAGUGGCUUCAGCAUCAAUUUGGUACAGAAGCUACGGCAGCUGGGGCUAGACCGUGUGGUGGCCAGAGGAGCUUCGAAGGCAUGGCAAGUAGGGGCUCAAGAGCCCCCUGACCCUGGCCCAGCAGCCCCCAGACAGGGGACAGGUUGACUGGUACUGGGGCCAGAAAGGAAUCUUUGAUUGUGUUUUUAUUGGUGAGGCAAGGUGUAUCUUCCCUUACUACCUUCAUCCUGUUGCUGAGAGGCAGCUGAAGUUGUUUGGACACCCUUCCUCCCUCCCCCCAGCUACACACACACACACACACACACACACACACACACACACACACACACACAUCCUGAGCUCCAUCUCACAGCUUCACUUCACUUGCUACACACACACACACACACACACACACACACACACACACACACACAUCCUGAGCUCCAUCUCACAGCUUCACUUCACUUGCUACACACACACACACACACACACACACACACACACACACACACACACACACACACACACACAUCCUGAGCUCCAUCUCACAGCUUCACUUCACUUGCUACAUGCACUUUCUAGGACCUGGCACUUAGUUUCCUAUAUCCUUUUUCCCCUUGCCCCGCUUAGUCCUGGUUGUAAAUAGGGGUUAAUAUAUUGCUGUAUUGAGGAAUUCUGUGUGAAUUAUGGAAGAUAGGAAAAGUCCAAGCCCUUACCCCUUGGAUUCCCUAUCUACCACCCUAUUAUUUUUUUUUAAGCUUUCUGCUCUCAGAUCCACAACUUUUUACAUGUGCACUGCUUGGGAGGGGAAGCUAAGACCUCCAUCCCUCGUACACCAUAUGGAUACUCAUUAUUAAACUCAUCUGAGGACCCCCUUCUCUGUGGAGGAGGCUCAGGGCCAUGCAAUAAAUGAUGUUAUCAUGGUGA